AUGCGGAAAAGAGGUAAUGGUGAGAGAAGGGAUGUGGAUGAAUCUUUCAUGCAAAGUGCACCUAAAGUGUUCCAGAGCCACAUUAUUUCAGCUAAAGAGUUCCAGAGCCACAGUGUUCCAGCUAAAGUGUUCCAGAGUGACAGUGUUCCAAAUAAAGUGUUCCAGAGCAACAGUGUUCCAAAUAAAGUGUUCCAGAGCCACAGUGUUCCAGCUAAAGUGUUCCAGAGACACAGUGUUUCUGCUAAAGUGUUCCAGAGCCACAGUGUUCCAGCUAAAGUGUUCCAGAGCCACAAUGUUCUAGCUAAUGUGUUCCAGAGCCACAAUGUUCCAGCUAAAGUGUUCCAGAGCCACAGUGUUCCAGUUAAAGUGUUCCAGAGCCACAAUGUUCCAGCUAAUGUGUUCCAGAGCCACAGUGUUCCAGCUAAAGUGUUCCAGAGCCACAAUGUUCCAGCUAAUGUGUUCCAGAGCCACAGUGUUCCAGCUAAUGUGUUCCAGAGCCACAAUGUUCCAGCUAAUGUGUUCCAGAGCCACAAUAUUCCUGCUAAAGUGUUCCAGAGCCACAGAAGGUGUUAG